AUGACGGAAAUUGAUAAGGUGAGCCUACUGCUUUCUCCUACAAUAAGUGUAAAUUCCACUGCUGGUAGUAGCACGAAGGGGACAAACUCAAAAAGAAAGCUCCGAUUUGACGACAGGUCACAAACGAGAAUUAGCCUUGCCCUUCAGCAAAAUGGGGCAUUGGAAUCAACAGCUAAAACUCGCCAGCAUUCUCCAUAUUCUACUUCUACAUUAUUCGACUCACAUUAUAAUAUCUUCACUGAUAAGACUAAGAAAACGGUGAAAUGGUCCAGGAUCGGAAACUUAUCUAAUCUACUUUCCUCUACUGACUUCUUAUCUAAGUUCGGAUCGCCAAUUCUCUUAGAAAUUUCCUCGCUUUACAUGGCAAUUGCUACUGAAAAUGGCUAUAUAAUUGGCUUUAAUUAUCACCAGUCUAUCGAAUUUAUAUUAACCAAUAGCACAAAUGGAAAUGAUAAACACGAAGGCGGUGAUGAGGGGAUAAUCACUUGCAUGUCGUUCUCUUCAGAUUCGACAAAUUUGGCUGCUGGUCAUUCAAAUGGAAGAAUAGUAAUCUGGAACGUAAGUAAUUCAUCACCUAUUGUAUCUGCAAAUUCCUCAUCACCAUCUAGUUACCAGAGACCUGCAAACAUAAUACCCUCUAUAACUAAAGAUGAAGAAAUCUUAUUUUCCAAAGAAGGACAUUUGGAAAAUUCCACAAUAAAUCAUAUAGGAUUCGUAAAUGAUCACCAUUCACAAUUGUAUUCUUCCGAUAUGUCUGGGAUCGUAUGUUACCAUCUUGGAAUAAAACAAGUCUUGAAGAAGCACUUUGUAUCCAAAAGGAUUUUAGGCAAAGAUAAUAAAAACCUUGCGAUAAAGGCAUGUGCAAUCUUGCCAAUGGGAUCUGCAGAGCUGAUAACUGACCAAUUGGGUGUUCUAGCAGUAAUGACUAACAAAGUGCUAUUAAUUGUAUCCAUUUUGUCAUUGAAUAAUCCUCAUUCUACUAAAAUUAUAACUCAUUAUUCUGUAAAUACUACAAAGCAAAAGGAUACUGCUUCGGCAGAGAUUUUAGAAGGCUCUUUAAGUUGGUAUCCGUGUAUGAAGUCGACUAAGAGUAGUGCAGUCGAGAAUCCAAAACUUGCAUAUGCAUCCGAUGAUACACUUACUAUUCUUGAAAUUGAAAAUGACUUAAUGCCUUCAAACUUUUUAAAAGUUAUCUCAGAAUUGAAGGACAAGGAUAAAGCCAUCCCUAAUCUUUCCACACGCAAAACUGUAAAAUGGAAAAACGAAAACCCUAUUUUGCGAUUGAAGUGGAUAUCAUCUAAAAUUCUAUGUGUCUUUGAAAAUGAUAUAGUGAAAACGCUAUGCUAUGACUCAAAGAAAGGCAAACUCACGUUAGUAGGAGAGGAUGCAACAAUAAAUAUUAUAAAUAAUAGUGCAAUUCAAGUGUUUCAGGAUAAGUUGAUGAUCUUGGGUAAUACUAGUCAAAGUCAAUGUGAUGUUAUACUUGGAAGUCAUAUCAAUUGGGCUGAUACACUAAUGAAUUUCUUGGCCAAAAAUGAGCACUUAAAGGCAUUAAUAACUGCUGCUCAGUUAUAUACUAGCAGCUAUGAAAAUAAUUUACAAAGAGAUAGCUAUUUCACUCUGGUUGGCUUGCCCAUAAAUGGCGAAGAAAGAAAGGCAUUGGUAAAACCAUAUUUAGUCGACAUUAUGAAAAAUUCUAUCCAGUUUGUCUACCGAAAUAACAACAACCAAGGUGAUGAGGGCAAUGAGAAUACUGGCGAUAGUACCAUAAAAGAAUAUCUUAAAGUUUACUUCGACAUUAUUUCAGAUCUUUCUUCAUCGGAUACCGAAAUAUUAGAAAGCAUAUUUGAAGCAGUAAAUGACAGUACAAAAUAUUUUGAAAGCUUGGAAAUUUAUCUCCUUAACGGAAGUAUAUCAUCUCUUUCCCCUGUUGUUCUAAAAGAGUUAGUUUUAUACUAUGUAAAUAGUAGAGCAGGAGAUGUACUAACUGAAAUUUUAUGUGUAUUGAAUAUCCAAAGCCUUGACAUCGAUUUAACAAUUCAGUUAUGUCGUCAAUAUCACCUCAACGAUGCCUUGGUUUAUAUUUGGAACUAUUUACUUCAAGACUACGAAACUCCAUUAUUAGAAUUCUUAGAAGCUAUUAAAAGCGGCAAUGAGCAAGUUGAUACUCCUGGCUCGUCUGCGUCAGAUAUAUUCACAUACAUGUCCUACAUUCUCACAGGUCGACAGUUCCCGACUGAUAGAUUUAUUGAUAGCAUGAUGGAAGUAACUGCAAGAGAGAGUAUAACCAAACACCUUUUCAAUGCUUACGAUGAUGAGGGUUCGAUUUUCCCAAAUCUAACAUUACUACUCAAGACUAAUUCUUUUGAAAUGCUUUCGACUUUAAAUGAAUUUUUCGAAGACACCUCUCUUAACGAUGACGAUGGAAAGUUAUUGAAUAGACAAUAUAUUGUUGAAGCGCUUUUGGAUAUUUAUGAAGCUUAUGAAGCUGAGUUUAGCGACACUGACAGGUGUCAGUUAUCCAUAUUUAUAGCGAGAAACUACCCUAAAUAUCAACAAUUCAUAAGAUUGUCUGAAUCUACCUUGGAAAGCAUAAUGAAUAAUUUAUGCUCAAAUACAAAUGAUGAUAUCGUUGCUGACUGUGAAUUAGCCCUACAAAGUUUAAUUGGUGAACAUGAUCCUGAAUUUGACCUUUUGUUGAUUGAAAAGUUGAAAGCAGCAAAAUUCUAUGAUGUCUUAAUUGGCAUCUUCAGGGCUCAGGGGAAAUAUUCUAAAUUAUUAGAAACCUGGAUCCAAAAGUCAGUUGGUGAUGGUGAAUCAAAAGGUGAUGAAUCACUUUCCAAGAUCUUACUGGAUUGUUUCAAAGGUACUAAGAACUCGGCCAUUGAAAGAUUAGAAUUAAACAACAUCAUCAAAUCUAAAUUCAAUGUUUUACUUCAUAUAGAUUCGAUAGGGCUUGCGAAAGAACUAGAAAAAAACCACAGGGCAUUACAUUUAUUAAUUUUGGAUGAAGUGGAAGAAGAAUUGGUGACAAAAUAUGUCGAGUGUAUUAUUUCAAUGGUGCGUGUUCAAGAUGUUGACAUUGAAUUAAUUUACAAGUAUUUGGAAAUCUUGUUAAGUGAGGAUAACAAUUCUACAACUGCUUCCAAUUUUACCAAGCACAACGUUUCAAGCAUUCUAAAAUGGCUGGAAAACUUGGAACAAAUCUUUAAAAGAUAUAACUCAGUAGAGAAUUUGACGAUUCUUAAAAUGCAAGAGAAGAAAUUUGAAACUGCAUUGGACUUGAUACUUGAACACAGUGAACAUAUUCUGGGGCUGAAAGACAAGAAUGAGGUUGAGAAAUGUUUAAAUUUGGCAAUUGAAAUUUGCGAGAAAUACGAUAAUGAGGUUGACAAUCAGUCUAAUGAAGAAAUGGAGAACCCUUAUGAUGGGGAAUUGUAUCUCAACGAAAGAAUGUGGCUUAAGUUGAUUAAUUACUGUAUUGCAGCAAUUUCUGAGAGAAACGGGAAUGGACCAAUUUACAAUCAGAUCUUGCAGGCCAGCUUCAAACAAAUCAGCUCUUCGUCAGCUUCCAGGAAAGGUAAUCGUAGAGAAAGGUCACUACUUGCUAUUUUCAAUAAAUUCUUAGAAAUGAAUGGAAAUGAGACUGCUACUGGUGAAGGGGGUAAAAGAACAAUCGCUGCGAAUCUCUUGACAAUCCGAGACAUUUUACAAGAAGUUUUCAUCCUGUUUUCCUAUGAGAACGAAAUGCUUAGAAUUUGCUUACAGCUGUUACAUGCUGGUAUUAACAAGAGCAUGAAAAUAAUUAGAUCUAUAAGGUUAAGUGGCUAUUCUGUUGUUGGAAAACUGUGUAGUUCUUGUGGGAAGGUUUUGUGGGGAGACAGGGGUCAAAUUUCAGAGGACCACUGGUUAGCAUGGGAAGAUUUGCAACACGAAGUGUUGCAUGUCAAUUAUCAGAAGAAGAUAAACAACGAUAAGUAUACGCACUGUGGGUUGAUUUUCUUCUCAUGUGGGCAUGGAUAUCACAAAACAUGCUGGGAAGGUAUCGGGAGUGGUAGUUGUCCUAUCUGUAGUGAUUGA